AUGCUUAGUGGUAGAUGGAAUUGUUUAGCAUGGUGGGAUUCAAAAGCAUCUUCAUCCAUGAAGCUCUUGUUGUUCAUGGUGCCUCUUAUUCUUGUUGUGGGGCUUGUUUAUGUACUGGGUUUUCCUCCUUCUUCUUUCUCCUUCACUAGUGGUGGUGGUGCUGUGACAACUAUAGAGGGGCAUGCAUUGUUUGAUGAGAAACAGAGAAAAGUGGAUCUUCACACUGAUGAUGACAUUGCAUUCAAUCACUCUUCUUCUCCUUCACUUCCUGUUCAGGCCAUUCAAACACUUCAACAAUCUAACGAAACCGAAGUUCUCAAUGUCUCCAAACCUUGGCCCAAUAAGGCUCCUGAGAAUGAAUUUUAUGUACCUCACAUGAAACAGAAGCAGCAAAGAAAGUUCAGCAUCUUAGAUAGAACCGAAGCAGGUUUACUACAAGCUCGAUCUGCUAUUAGAGAAGCCAUAAACAUGAACCAAACACAAGAUCCAGAGUAUGUUCCAGUAGGUCCAAUGUAUUGGAAUGCUAAGACAUUUCAUAGGAGCUACUUAGAAAUGGAGAAACAGUUCAAAGUAUUUGUCUAUGAAGAAGGGGAGCCUCCAAUUUUUCACACUGGACCUUGCAAAAGCAUAUACUCAAUGGAGGGGAACUUCAUCCAUGCUCUUGAGAUGAAUGAAAAAUUUCGAACAAGUGAUCCCAAAAAGGCUCAUGUAUUUUUCCUUCCAUUCAGUGUAGUAAUGAUGGUUCGUUUUGUGUAUGAAGCGGACUCCCAUGAUAUUGGCCCCAUAAGAAAAACAGUGAUGGAUUAUAUCAAUCUCAUUGCUGAAAGAUAUCCCUUUUGGAAUCGAAGCCUUGGAGCUGAUCAUUUCAUGCUAUCUUGCCAUGACUGGGGGCCAGAGACUUCAUUCUCUGUACCUAACCUGUACAAAAACUCUAUACGUGUGCUUUGCAAUGCCAACACCUCGGAAAGAUUCAACCCUUCAAAGGAUGUUUCUUUUCCUGAGAUUAAUCUCCAAACAGGUACAAUAAAUGGUAUUGUUGGUGGGCCAUCUGCAUCAAGACGUCCAGUUCUGGCUUUCUUUGCUGGAGGGCUUCAUGGCUACAUAAGGGUUGUUCUUCUUGAGCAUUGGGAAAACAAGGAUGAAGAUAUUCAGGUUCAGAAGUACCUUCCAAAGGGUGUUUCUUACUAUGAGAUGUUGAGGAAGAGCAAGUUUUGCCUCUGCCCCAGUGGGUAUGAAGUGGCUAGCCCGAGAGUGGUGGAAGCAAUCUACACUGGGUGUGUUCCUGUGCUCAUUUCAGAGCAUUAUGUCCCUCCAUUCAGUGAUGUUUUGAAUUGGAAAUCAUUCUCAGUUGAGAUUUCGGUUAAGGACAUUCCCAACUUGAAGAAAAUUCUAAUGAGUAUUUCUCCAAGGCAGUAUAUAAGAAUGCAGAGAAGAGUAAAACAAGUUAGGAGACACUUUGAGGUUCAUUCUCCUCCCAAACGAUUCGAUGUGUUUCAUAUGAUCCUUCAUUCUAUAUGGCUCAGAAGACUGAACAUCAGAGUCCAUGAUAAUCAAUGA